AUGUCUAGUUUUGUCAAGAUUCUCGCACUUGUGCCUUUGGCACUAGCUGCCAGCCCGGUCAUGAUGGUCUCUAAUCAGGCCAUGGUUUUCAAAGAGAACGACUUUGCAAUGAAUGCCGGCCGACAAGGAUUACUCGUUCCGUCUGAUGGAAAUUGCAUGAAUUUGGACAAAAUGUCCGAGUAUUUUGUUAACCAAAGUAUUAGCCGCAUGAAUGUUGGAUCAGUAUAUGUCCCAUGUUCAUCCGAGGCCAAGCAAGACAUGAUGUGCUCAAUGUACCUCGACAACUCUUGCAACAAUGAGCUAUUCACAUUCACCCGACCCCAUGCGAAUUUGCUCAGACAAGCUAUUGGCGAUGGCGGUAGCGUUGGCAAACAUGUCAGAAGCAUUAAAUGCAUGACGGUACAUUCCCCUGCCGAUAGACAAGGACAUAUCUUCUCAAGUGAUCAUGUGUCCACCAAGAGUCCAAGCAGCUGCCCCAAUGACAGAUGUUCCGGUGGAAUGAACUGUCAAUCAACCCACCCAGAUUAUGGCAUGUACUGCUCUUCAAGCUCCAUGACCUGCCAGCGAACUUCUGUAACUGGCGCCCUUUGCAAGGAGGACGGCCAAUGUGUCGCGGGUCAUUGUCAGAGUGGAAUGUGCAUAGCUGCCGCAGAGAACCUGCGUUGUGUGCGGGGCUCUGUUUGUCCUUCUGGCAUGCAGUGUCGUCCUACCCGUGUUCUGAAUUCGCUUGGAACUUCCAUGGUCGAAAUGGUCUGUAUGAAAGAUGAGGAUGUUCGCGGUAUGCAGUGCUCUGCUGAAAAGCCUUGCGCCGAGCGUAUGUCGUGCAGCCUUCAACAUGAGACUAACGUGUACUGUGAGUGGGAUGAUACUUGUGCACUGAAUAAUAUGGGUUGUGUAUCGGGCAGCCAAUGUUGCUCUGGAGUUUGCAGGACCAAUUUAUGCCAGUGA